CAUUUAUCAAAUGAGAGUUUGGCUGCUUUUGUUAAGCCUUCAAUUAAUUUUGCCAGGCUUGAGUGAUGGAGCAAGUGUUCCAAUCUUUUCCCCAGAUGUUAUUGUUGUCACUGUUGAAGAAGGAAGCACAGAUGAAUUGGUUACUACACUUAAUUGUACCACUCCAGCUGGAACUCCCUGCCCUAUACGUAAAAAGAUUGAUGGUGAUGAUUUUGGAUCGGAGAAAUUUAAAAUUGAUAACACAGACCUGAGGACAACAAAUAUCCCGACCGAUUACGAAGCAUUAGAGACGAUAAACAAAAAUUUUGUUUACACACUGCUAAUACGUGGAAAUGAUUCAAGUAACUCUCUGAAAACAGCUGAGGCAACUGUGUUUGUGUACAUUGACUCCAAAAAUGAAUUCGAUCCAGAGUUUAUAGGAAUGCCAUUUAGAGCUUUGGUUCGGGAAGACGCUCCAGUAGGUAUGCAGGUGAUAACUUUAACCGGAAAUGACGAUGAUCUUGGAACAGGCGGGGAAGUUUCAUUUUUGAUUGUAGGAGGUAACGAUGACAAUAAAUUCGAUAUUAAUCCUGCAUAUGGACGAAUAUUCACAAACAAUUCAUUAGACUACGAGACGAAGAAAAACUAUACGCUGGAUGUCCGCCUGUCUGAUGGAACAAGAUCAGUUAUUGCAAAUGUCGUUAUUAUAGUUACCCCUGUAAAUGAUAACGACCCACAAUGCACGCCGCAAGUUUAUCACGUGACUAUGGAUGACACCCUGGCUACAGAAGGAGCCACGAUAUACACAUUAACCUGCUCUGACGCAGAUGGAGACCCUUUAACUUACACGAUAGAAAGUGGAGACAUCUCGGGUGAAUUUGCCAUUAAAACUCCACCAAAAAUUGAGCUUCGAAAAGAUCUUGAUGCCAGCCAGAGGAACCUAAAUUACCUCUUGUCCAUUAAGGUUUCGGACGGGUCAAGGUCAACCGAAGUCUGGUUACGUUUGUACGUCACAAAGAACAACACUAAAGCUCCCGAGUUCCAAAGUCAACCUACAGUGAACGUGCGCGAGAGUGAGAUUGUAGGAGCAGAAAUUAUAUUGUACAAAGCUUUUGAUCCUGACAAGGAACCAUACGGCGUUGUGUCGUAUGAAAUAGAAUCUGUAACAAACGGCGGGGAGGACAAUUUUUUGAUCGAGGAGACCACAGGAAGAAUAAAGCUAGCAAAGCCGCUUGAUUACGAAGCAGUCACGAACUAUGUGUUACAUGUAGUGGCAAGAGACGGUGGCGGACUGAAGGGCACGGGAACGGUAACAGUGAGUGUUCUUAACGAAAAUGACAACGCACCAACCUGUACAACUUAUUCAGAGGCGUACAAUGUACCGGAGGACCAAGCCGUGAGUACCGUUAUUUCUACUGACGUGCAGUGUACAGAUGCUGACGGGGAUACCCUGACCUUUGUUAUGGUACAGAAUCCUCCAGGAUCUGUAUUCACACUCACAAAUUCAAAGACAGUCAUUCUCAAAGAACCUUUGGACUUCGAGACACAAUCCUUUUACGAACUUCAGAUUUCUGUGAUAGACGGCGGUUCAAACCCAGUGAUAAUAACUUUCAUGAUUGACGUCACUAAUGUAAACGAGCACACUCCAGUAUUCACUAACUCAGAUGUAUACUAUGAAACUCUUGAUGAAACCUCCCUACCGGGGGCUAACAUUACAACAGUUUCCGCCACUGAUGGUGACAGGGACGCAGUGUCCUACAGCUUCGUGACACCACAGACAAAAUUUAACCUAGGAUCAGUGAGCGGACAAAUAAUUCUCAGUCGGACAUUGGACGCUGAAAUUGUGUCAUCGUAUGAAUUACUUGUACGUGCGUCUGACGGACAGAAAGAGUCCACAGCAACUGUGUCCAUAACUGUAAAUGACGUCAACGAAGCCCCCGCCUUCGAACAAGAAAAAUACAGCUUUACAAACACUGAAAACUCAGAUAUAGGAAAAGUUGUCGGUAAGGUAACGGCUAGAGACCCAGAUGUAUCCGGCAACAACGCCUUGUUCCGUUACUCCAUCAUUUCGGGCAACAUUAAUUCGCAUUUUCUGAUUGAUCCUGAUGAUGGCACCAUAAGUGUUGCGGUAUCUACUGACUAUGAAUUCACCAAAGCAGUCCUCCUGGUUAUCGAAGUGAUAGAUUUUGGGACUCCUGUCCUUUCUGACAAAUGUACCGUGAAUAUCAGCAUUGUAGACGUCAACGAUAAUGCACCAGAAUUUCCAACGGCCACAUUGACCAAAUUUCUUGCAGAAAAUGCAAGUUUUGGAGAUGUUGUUACACGAGUAACUGCAAAAGACAUCGACUCGGACCUCGGUGAUAAUAAUUUAUUUGAGUUUAGUUCUUCAUCAAAUGUACCAUUUAGCGUUCACUAUUUGACAGGGGAGGUGACUGUCAACGGACAAGUCGAUAGAGAAAUGCAAGAAAGUUUUGAGAUGAUUAUUGAAGCGGUUGACAAAGGAUUUCCUGCCAGAACAGGUUUUGUUACUCUGACAAUAACGUUGACGGACAUUAAUGAUAAUGCCCCGAUAAUCCAAGGAACGUAUGACAGAACCAUUCCAGAAAACGAACCUGUUCAUUCUUUAGUGUUUACUUUGUCAGCUACCGACCCCGACACAGGAGACAAUGGACGCUUCUUGUACUCCAUAGUGUCAGGAAACUCAGAUUUUCAUUUCAAAAUCGAGCAGACUCGUGGAUUCAUCCAGGUUGCAACGGAUCUAGAUCGGGAAUCUCAGCCUGUGUAUGAAUUGGUGAUUAAGGUUUCGGAUUUGGGCUCCCCACAGAUGUCCACGUCAAUCACCGCAACAGUAACACUGAGUGACGUCAACGAUAUAAUUCCCAAAUUCAACAAGAAUAUGUACGUUCUAAACAUAAAUGAAAACUCACCUAUUGGAACGCUUGUAGGAAAAGUGGAUGCGAUAGAUGGGGACAGAGGUAUCAAUGCAUUAGUAACUUACAGAAUAAAAACGUAUAUGGAAGGUCAUGCGGGUAAGUUUAUGAUUAACACAACAACAGGAGAAAUGAAAAGCUUUGAUGUCAUAGACCGAGAAAUAGAGGACUUUUACUCCAUCAUAUUGAUUGUUGAAGAUAGCGGAUUUUUAUCGUCUGAAGCAAUGGUGAACAUUACUGUAAACGAUGAAAACGAUAACUUGCCGAUAUUUACGAGGAGAUUGUACUCAACAGAAGUGUCUGAAAAUUUCACUGUAGGAAGCAUAAUUUUAACGACAACGGCGUACGAUCUUGAUAUUGGGUUCAAUUCAAUAAUUUCUUAUAGCCUUGAUACAUUACCACUGGAUGGUGCGAUAGCGUUACAAUAUUUUUCGGUAGAUACCACAACUGGAAAUGUUAUACUCAUUAAAGAACUUGACCGAGAGUUGUAUGCCAACAUAUCGAUGACGGUGAAGGCUUCUGAUGCUGGCACACCCCUUCUAUCUUCCAACACAACGGUCACAGUCUUCAUUGAAGAUAUUAACGAUAAUAGACCGGUAUUCGCGCCAUCUUUUUAUAAUGCAGAGGUGUCAUAUGAGCAUGCGUGUAACCAUAUUAUCACAACCGUUACUGCACUGGAUAUAGAUCAGGAGGAAAAUGCAGAAGUUGUUUAUGAAAUGGAUCCUGUUAACGGAGAAAACCAAUUUCUUGUUGAUAGGAAAUCAGGGCAAAUACGUACAAACCUGAAUGUAAAUGAAUCGCAGAAUGUCAUCUUGGUGCGUGCGAAUGAUCUUGGCACACCAAAACUGACGUCAUCUUUGAGCGCCAAAAUCAGAAUAGAUUCGUUUAAUGCAAGUGAAACGAUAAUUUCGUUUUCAUUAUCAAUGGGAUUGUCUACGUACUUAAGAAAGGAAUCAGAAUUUCUGUCACUUGUGAAAAAAACGAUUGGAGAGUUUUAUGCUACGGCAUAUGUUCGACGAUGGUGUAUAGAAGACAAAUCAACCUCCGUGGUAGUUUAUGUGUAUGCUGUGAAGAACGACUUGACAAAUUGGGAAGGCAACCUUUUUAUGGACAAACCAUUCAUGACUAAUGGAGAAUUCCUAGAUUCGUUGGAGCUCAACAAAGACAAAGUCCCCACCAUCAAUGGAACGGAUGAACCUUGGAGAGAGUUUUUGGUUACUGAUGUCAAGCCGUUUGGACAAAACGUCGUUUACCCCGGAGGAACCUCUCGUUCCUCAAGCAAUGGGGAUAAAACUGGGCUGAUUAUUGCUCUGGCUAUCAUAUUCUCCCUCCUUGCUCUAGCUUUGUUGGCGGCUCUAAUCAUCUAUCUACUGUGGAGGAGAAAAAAUAAACAAAAUAAGGACAAUACUUCCAAAUCUAAACCAAAGCUCAUCAACGUACAAACAAAAGGAGACAUGACUUCUGGUUGUCAGAAUUCCUCAGACACAAGGCCCUUUGUCUCGGACACAGACGACUCCGUUUGUCACGUGACCAUGGUAGGGAAUCCGUCCAUGGUAUAUUCAGGACCCGGAUCUCCUGGAUCUAGAUCUGCUAAAGGGAAAGAAUCGCCCACUGGGUCUGGAUCCGGAGGAGAUAAUGAAUCUGAUCCUAUGACAAAAAUAGACAUAGAUGGGAGGAGGGAAGGACUCGUGUCUCCAACAGAAGUCAGAAUGUCACAAGGACUUAUGGGAUUUUCAGGUGAAGGAUAUGUGAAGGGUGGUAACUCUGGGAGAUAUGGGGACGAUCAAUAUCCAGAAAAUGGAUUAGAUUCUUCCAAGGAAAAGGCAUUUGGGAACAAGGGUGAAGAACAAGGGAGAGGUAUUCCCUCAGGAAAUAGUGACGGACGAUCAGAUGCUGAUGGCUUGGACGGAAAAGCAUCAACGAGAACACCUGGAAAUAGGGGCAUUGAUACAGUGACCGGCUGGGUGUAUGAGGACCAUCCAGAGAACAAUGGCCGACAGUGGCUUAGAACUCCAGAUGGAGAUCCAAUAUUUGAACAACGUCCCUUCAUCUAAAUAGAAAUUUAAAAAGAAGCAAACGGCAUGUCUAGAAGGACAGAUCUGAGAAAAAGAAUAAACCAAUAUAUUUCGCAAAUAUUAUUAUAGGUUAAAAAAUUAUGUAUGUGAAAACCGAUGAUAAAUCUGAAUUGGCCUGCAUAAGUUUUAAAUAAUUAAUUUAAAUAAAA